UCUGAUUUGUGAGAUGUUUUAAGAGGUUACUGUGGCUUUGUAAUUGAGAUUUUUUUCUCUGGGAAGUUAACAGUCCUUUCCACAGCCAUUACUGUUGCCUAGCAACAGGGAACAGCAGAGCAGUAACAGGGAUUCUAAACUUCCAAGGAAUGGGGAUAGUCAAUGUCUGUCCCAUGGACAGGGUACCUCAGUGGGCCUGAGUUGAGAUGGGAGAAUGUUACAGCAGGACAUCUGCGGCCCCAGGGUCUGAAACCCCAGAGAGAAGCAGCACCACGUCCCGAAGUUUAGAGUCAGAUACACAACAAACAAACAAAAUACCGAAGGAGUCCCUGGAAACCGGACAGAUGGCGUUUACUUUGGCACAACUGGAUUCCUUGGAGAUUUGCCUAAAGGAAGCAGAAGAAAAGGCUAAAGCCUUAUCUGAACAGCUUGCAGCCUCUGAAGGAACAAAAUCAAAACUGCUUGAGCAAGUUUCCUGGCUAGAGGGAAAGCUAGAGGCUCUGGACCAUAAGGAAGACAGUGGGGAACCAUAUGAAAAACUGGUUCUUGAAAAAGACCAGUGCAUUGAGAAAUUACAAGCUGAAGUGAAAGCUACCCAGGAGCAACUUGCAGCCCACAAACUAAAGCACAAAAGGAAACUGAAAAAGCUACAAACCGAUUUGGCAACAGUUAAGCAGGAGGCUGCCAUCACAGUCCUGGAACUCAAUGAGAAGAUAAAGACUCUAUGUGAAGGAAAGCCAGCCCCUAGAGAAGGCAGGUUGCUGGGAGUGUCCUGUGGUGGUCUCCCACCUGUGGAAGAAGGUGAUCGGAAAAUCAGCCUGAUCAUGGAGUUGUCAACCCAGGUUUCCCUUCAGACUGAGAAGAUCACUCAGCUGGAAGAAGUUUUAGAGGAAAAGGAAAGGAAGAUUCAGCAGCUGGAAGCCGAGCAGGAGCCCCAUCCCUUCCUGGAGGUCGAGGACUCUGCAGAAUGUUUACAAGAAGCCCCAGUUUUCCUUGAUAAUAGCAUCACUCCUGUGGUCUAUGAUGAGGAUAUGUAAAGAUUCCCAGUAAGAAAACAAUAAAGGUUUG